AUGCCCCAGAAACAGGUCCCGACCCCGCAGCCCGACGGCCCUCCAGGCGCGUCCACCUCAACGUCGCCCGCUGCCAGGCCGUCCGUGACGCGCUACGCCUGCGCCGCCGCGCCGCCCCGUGACGUCAUGGCGCCCGCGCCGCCGCCGUCUCCGCGGUCGCGUGGGUCUUUUCCUAGUAGCCUGGGCGGUAGCUGUCUUUAUAGUGAAUGUUCACAAGGAUUGUCUUCCGGCAUGGCCUUGGGAUUAAGAUGCUUCCGCUUGGUCCACCCUGUCUUUUGUAACUCCUUUGCAGCCUUGACCAGACCUGUUUCAGAAGUGACGCUGAAGACAGUGAGUGGCAGACAAAAUGACCAUGGACAAUACAUGGCCUCACCAGCUGUACCGAUCCGUUAUUUCGCUACCAAGAAAGCCAAAGCCAAAGGGAAAGGACAGUUCCAAACCAGAGUGAAUCUUAAUGCUGCCUUGGUUGAGGAUAUAAUCAGCUUGGAAGAGGUGGAUGAAGAAAUGAAGUCUGUGAUAGAAGCACUCAAAGAUAAUUUCAAUAAGACUGUCAAUAUAAGGACCUCACCAGGAUCCCUUGAUCAUAUCACUGUGGUAACUGCUGAUGGGAAGCUUGCUUUAAACCAGAUUGGCCAGAUCUCCAUGAAGUCUCCACAGCUGAUUUUGGUGAAUAUGGCCAGCUUCCCAGAGUGUACAGCUGCAGCUAUCAAGGCUAUAAGAGAAAGUGGAAUGAAUCUGAACCCAGAAGUGGAAGGGACGCUAAUUCGGGUGCCCAUUCCCAAGCUGCCAGCGUGGAACCUGUCCUCCUGCUCUGUGGCCUCCUUGUCUAGCUGCCGUAUCGCCUAGUGGCUCUUGUACCGGAGAAGUGUGUAUGAUGUAUACAUUCCAGGAAAUACCCUUUUCUUACACAACCCACACACGUACGGACCUUUAGUAGUCUUGAAAGGGAAAAAAAGGUGAGCGAAGAAUGCCUAAUGGCCUCAUUUGGUCUGGGGUGGCCACAGACUGCGUUUGAGCAACUACGGCUGCUAUUCCUUCCCCUUUCUUCCCACCGCCUGCUUGCCAUCGCUGCUUUCUCAGGGCCACUCAUUGUGCUGGAUGAGUUCCAUCCGGCACAUUGUUUCUCUGUGCCUUCCAGUCCUGCAGGGGCCUCCGUGCGGUGUUAGGGUGCCCGCCUUCUCCUCUGUGGCGUUGCUUCCUACCCGGCCUGCAGCUUGUUAGGCUCGCCUCCUGCUAUUUCGGGAUCCACGUGUGUGAAACGGGCCUCGCUCCCAGCACACAAGUUCUGGUUGAAACACAUAAGAAAGUGCAAUCCGGAAUUGAGUGGAGCACGGACUGAGGAGAAAGUGCCACCGACACCUGUGUAAAAGCUGCACCCCAAAGGACGGGCUCCUCUUCUCCCUGCCCCUCCUCUGUCCUCUCCCCUUCAUGUCCUGCCCCUGUUAUAGAACAUGGCAAUUGACUGCUGAGGUCCGAUCACUUUUCCAUCGCAGUCCUCUCUGGAUUCCCUUUCUCCUUUCUUCCCGCUGCACUUGGACUUAAAGGGGAGCUGGAGCAAUAGUAAUGAACUGUAUAUCUAAGCAGGCCUUAACGUGAGAGCAGUGCUGUUCCCAUCCCUUCCACCAGUAAGAAUAGCUGCUUCGAUUUGUCUGGCACCAACAAAGAAUGCAAGGGCCAUCUGCACUGGGCUCGGAUCCCAGGUCUACCAGGAACUUGCUGAGUGGCCUUGGGCAGGUUACUUGAUCUGGCUGAGCCUCCCUUUUCUCAUCUGUGAAAUGCAGGUAGUAGUGCCAGUGUGUCAUAAGAGCGUUGUGAGGAUUUAUGGAGCUAAUGCGUGGAGAGUGUAUCAGCUCAGAGGCUGGCACAGGGAAAGAGCUCUGCAAAUGUUAGUUAUUAUUUUUACUGAAGGGGAGCAGGUACCAUCCGAGUCAUGUGUAGGCGAACGCAAGUGUGAUAAUAAUAAGGUUCUUCCUUAUCUCACUAUCGUGCUUUAUUUUCGUUAUAGCUCUUCUGUUUCAUUUUAUGGAUUUAUUAUUUCUCUCUCUCCUUCACUAGAAUGUGGACAGGAAGAGCUCUGUCAGCUGUAUCCCUAGCCCCGAAACAGGGCUUAGUGUGUAGUAAGUAUGCAAAAAUGCCAUCAGUGUUUAUGGAAUAAUGGGAUUAAAUGAAUAUGAGCACAUGCUGUAUGCCCACUGCUAUUCCAGAUGCUACUCGUAUCAGCUAAUAUAUUCCUAACAGUCUUUUGAGGUAGGUAUAUUAUUAUCCCUCUUGUACAGAUGAAGAACCUGAGUCAUAGGGGAAUGGAGCUCUUUGGGGCCAGUGUCACACAGUAAGUGGAAAAGCAGGCAGUCUUUCUCUGAGCCAGGGCUUGACCCCCUGUGCUGUGCACUCGCUCAGUAGGAGACAUCACCAUUAUUUUUAUCACUGAUAUUAUCAAUAGCUUUUAAGUAGUUAAUACCUACACAGUCAGCAUUCUUUAACCAUCCUCUCUCAUUUGCUCCUAACACUCACUGUGGAAGAAAGGUAACAUUUUUAUUACUCCCCCUUCAUUUGACAGUUGAGGAAAUAUGAACAGAUAGUGUUUAUUGAGCACAUUGCCGUGUACCAGCAUGUUUAUGAGCUCUUCUAAUCCUCACAACAAUCUCAUUAAGUUAAUGGUAUUACACGCAUUUGACAGAUGGGAAAACUGAGGCAAAGAGGUAGAAUGACUUGCCCAGGGCCGUGCAGCUAAGAUGUGAUGGAUCUGAGCCUCCAACCCCAGCAGUCGGGCUUUAGGGACUGCUCUCCUGUGUGCCCACUGGGCAUCUUCUCAGUUCAGAGAGGACAAGUUACGUGUACACAGUUACCCAGCUUGUAAGUGGCGGGGCUGGGAUUGGAAAUCAAGUCUGCCUUUACCACCAGACCCGUGUUCUUUCUCUACCUGCAUGUAACUUGGGUUUCCAUCCUGCUGGGGUGACAGGAAGAAGUCAGCGGACUUAAUCACGGUCACUCUGCUGAGAAUGUGGAGAUGUGGCCCCCGACCUCACCUCCUUUCUCUUUCCAUCCUGCUGGGCUGUAUCUCAGCACAGUAUGUCUGGGUCAGCCAGGCCUUUAAGAGGCACGGGACGGUCGUCUGAAAGCAGGUGGCCAGUUGUGUCCCCAGAGAGAACUGAAGUUACCGCUGGCGGUAGAAGUCCCUCCAAAGUGUGCGUACGAUUUCCUUUGGGCUAAAAGGACACCUGAUGUCCUUAGGAGACAUCAGUGUAUGUGAAACAGGCUGGUGAGCUGGCAGUGGUGGGGGUGAGGCAAGAGGGGAUGGGGAAGUUGUAUACCUAGAAGCAUAGGAAGUCUGGCUGGGCUACACAAACAAAAACAUUUCCUUCAGGGCCGGUGGCCCCAAGGCAUCGGGCAGCGCCCACCGGCAAACAAUAAAGUCGGGCGUGUGUCCGCAGCUGAUUGCGGGCUGAUGCCCCUACUGGGGGGGGAGGGGGCUCCCAGAAGCCGGUGAGGCGGUGGUGAGGUUUCUCUCGGUGGAGCUGUCAGAGAUGUGUUUUGAUGGGCUGUUCCUUGGAUGUGCAGCUUCCUUCCCCCUCAGCCCGACCCCCACAGCUGCUGGAGCCCAACUCCCACCUCCCACCGCCUGCUCUCCUCUGUUCCCAUUCUUUCCCUCUCCGCUUAAGCUGCUAAAUCCUUUUGACGGUUUUCUCCCUCACGAUUCAUGUCCUGUUAGUAUCCCCAAGCCCUGGAGAGCCUGUGGUAAGAGUAAGAAUGCAGCCACCCCGCAGUGAGUGCCUAUGGUGCACCCGCUGGCCGUGCGCCAGGCCCUUGCCACCACCAUUUCAUUUAAUCCUUGCUUCUGCCCCCGUAGUAACAUUCUUCCUCCCGCUUCACACGCGGAGAGCGUUUGGAGAUGUUGAACACCAUGCUGACAGUUCUGAGGCUGACAAGCAGCAGAGUGAGGAUUCUAAUUCGAGGUCUUCUUGGCUUUAAAGCAUGUUUUCCCCACCUUUUAAAGACCCCUGUAAGUAACCAGUGAGCCUUGCAAAGUCUAGUGUCUGACAUAUCAUAACUGGGUUUUACUGUAACUGCCCACGCUGAGCACAGCUUCCUCUAAUACACACCUGGUGGAUAGCUUUGUACAUGUGUCCAGUUCUCGCUGAAACAAUAGGAAGUAUCAUUUCAAUCCGGGUGAUUCUCUGCUGUGUGAGUUACCAUCAGGGCAUGCCCUGUGCUUAUUGUUCAUGCUCAAGGAAUUUUGCAGGAAGGCCCCCAUCCAGGAUGUUACUGGAAGACCUGCCUGGUGGAGUAUGUACAAACAAAGUGUGACCCUGCCAGCUCAGCCAAAACCCCUGCCUUAUGUGGGGAGGCUCUCUGACCCUAGCGGAAAAGGCUGCUGUCUUCAUCAUCCAGCCAAGAAGCUGUUCCAGGGUGGGUCCACCGCUUUCCAUCUGCCUGCCUACAGACUCCUGGGUAGACUUCUGCCAUGUGCUUAGAUCUUGUUUGUACAUCACUAUCUACACAAAAUACAAAUCUGGUCACGUUUCCUGGGCCUCACUCAGGCUCCUGGAACUCCACAUUGUUCUUAGAAUAAUCUGCUAGGACUCUUUUAAACUUUUUUAUUGUAGUAAGAUAUACAUCCAAAUUUACCAUUACUGGGGUGCCUGGGUAGCUCAGUAGUCAAGUGUCCGACUUCGGCUCAGGCUGUGAUCUCACCGUUCGUGAGUUUGAGCCCCGCGUCAGGCUCUGUGCUGACAGCUCGGAGCCUGGAGCCUGCUUCAGAUUCUGUGUCUCCCUCCCUCUGCCCCUCCCCCUCUCACACUCUGUCUCUCUGUCUCUGUCUCUGUCUCUCUCAAAAAUAAACAUUAAAAAAAUUAUUUUUAAUUUACCAUUAUUUAAAAACGUAUAGUUCAGUGGUAUUAAGUACAUUUACAUUGUUGUACAGUCUCCAGAACUCUUUAUCAUUUGGCAAAACUAAAAGUCUAUACCCAUUAAACAGUAACUUCCCAUUUCCCGAUCCCCCGGUUAGCCCCCGGUAACGGCUCUUCUCCUUUGUGUUUCUAUAAAUUUGACAAUCUCGGUACCUCGUAUUAAGUGGAAUCAUGCAGUAUUUGUCCUUCUGAGUCUGGGUUAUCUCACUCAGGGUAAUGUUUUCAGGGUUUAUGCACGCUAUCCCAUGUGUCACAAUUUCCUUUUUGAGGCUGAAUGCAAUUGCACUGUGUGCAUGUACCAUUUGUGUGUCUCUUUACUUGUUGGUGGACCUACCGGGCUUCCAUGUGACAUUGAAGGGCCUGCAUGCAUACUCUUGGGCUUGCCAGGCUCGCCAGCCUCCUUUGGAACAGUCUUCUCUUCUUUCUGUUCUCAGCCUCACGGCCGUUUUCAGCCCCUCAGAGAUCAGUACCCACCUUCCUACCUGGAAAGCUGCCUUAACUUUACACCGACCAUUCCCUCUGGUGGGAAUGAUCUCCCCCAGCCCCUCCACUCUUGCACCUCUUAAUUUAAAUGUCACUCCUCUUGAAUGUCCCCACAUUUUGCUCCUGGAAUCCCACAAGAGACCUCGGUCAGACUCCCUUCCCCCACUAAUUAUUUUCAUAGAACUCUACAUGUCUUUAUUGUGCUUAUUACAACUGUAACGUAUUGAUUAAUUGUGCGUGUAUGUGUGUGUAAUGACUGCCUUCCUUGCCAGACAGUAAACUCGUGUGUUUAAUGCUGUAUCCCUCGGGGCUGGCAUUGGGGCUGGCACACAAUACGUGCCCAGUAAAUAGCUGUAGAAUGAAACCAUAAACUAAAUGAAUUAGUACUGAAAAGAGAAAAGUUCAGGGCUACAUGCUGGGAGCAUGUGGAUUUUAAAAUGUAUGUGAGACGUUAAAUUACUAAUAGAAUCUCAAAAAGCCAUCUUGCUGAAGCAUAGAUUGUUUGCCCUGUCAUUUCUCCGUUGAUAAAAACUUCCAAGAACAAACGCAUCAUUAUUCGAAGAUGCCUCAGUGAAUGCCAACACAUAAACCACAGCAGCAAAGGCAGCUGUCAUUCUCUGAGUGUUUAUUCUCUACCAGGCUUUGUACUGUGUGCUUUCCACGUAUUCUCUCAUAGAAUCCUCACAAGAACUCUGAAAGGUAGAUGCUUGGGUUUUUUGUUUGCUUGAUUUUAAUUUCUGUUUCCAAAUGAGAAGACCAAGGUCCAGAGAGUUUAAAUAACUUGCAUGAGGUCCCUCAGCCAGUUAGUGGCAGGCCCAAAGUGGAGGGGAGGCAGGGCAGACUCAGUCCUGGGCCUGGCACAGAGCGCCACCCCUCCCCGACGGCCCUUCCCCUCAUUAACUGGAAUAGCUCUCUUGUUAUCUGUUUUAUAAAUUUAUAAGUGGAGCCUCUGCCUUGGUUUUCUCUGAAGCCAGAGUUUUGUGGCUAAAGAGGAAUGUGAAAACUCUAGGCCUGCAGGACAGAUUUGACCUUUGCAGCCUCCUGCCUUCCUGCCAUUAGACUCCCACCAUGCUUCUGCCUGAAAUGCAGUGGACCGAAAUGCUUCUAAGGCAUUUUCCAAGUCUCGAGGCAGGGUUGUACUUUUUUGCCUGGUGCUCCUGCGGAAGGUCCACCCCUCUGUCCUAGCGCCACUCACUCCCUUUCUAAGUAGUGGCUGACGAGUUUGUCUCCACCACUGGACUGAGCCUCUGGGGAAGUUGGACCAGGCCUGCCUUCUCUCUGGAGCUCCUCGGCCUGGCCCGGGAUCUGGCACAGGACUCAGGGGCCUCAGCCAGUGCUUGAUGAAUGAAUGCACGCCAAGUGCAGAGCGGGUGCUCAGAACCAACCGGCUGAGUGCAGAAGCCUGGAGGACAAACCAGCGUGUGCCGGGAGAACCCCCUGAAUGCGAGAUGGAGAUGAUCAGAUGUAUUAAUCACUGGUUUGGAAAGGAGUUAAAAUAUUUCCAUAAUAUGGUAUGUUUCUUUUCUAAAACAGAUGUGCCCUCGUUGUUUCAUGAGGAAGUAAUUAAGUGUAUUUGAUUAAAACAUUCAUAAACGCUAUCAUUUAUUCAAAGCUA